AACCGUACGAGUGCACCGUGUGCCACAAGAGAUUUUCCCAGGAUAGUGGUCUUCGAAGGCAUCUACAAACCCACAACGGUGAGAAGCCAUUCGAGUGUACCGAGUGCCACAUGGCAUUUCGUAGAUCUGACACUUUGAACAACCAUCUUCGGACCCACACUGGGGAGAAGCCAUUUGAAUGCGUCGUGUGCCAUGCAAAGUUUGCAUUAUCAGGAGCACUGCGUGACCAUCUGCUGAGACAUACUGGGGAGAAACCAUAUGCGUGCACCGUGUGUGACAAGAGAUUUACCCUGUCGGGUGGUCUUAAAUUGCAUCUACGAACCCACAACGGUGAGAAGCCAUUCGAGUGUACCGAGUGUCACAAGGCAUUUGGUACGUAUGGCACACUGAGUACACAUCUUCGGACCCACACUGGGGAGAAGCCAUUUGAAUGCGUCGUGUGCCAUGCAAAGUUUACAGUAUCAGGGGCACUGCGUAGCCAUCUGCGGACACAUACUGGGGAGAGACCGUAUGCGUGCACCCUGUGUGACAAGACGUUUACUACAUCCUCCAACCUUAAAACCCAUCGUCGAAUCCAUACAAAGGAGAAGCCAUUCGAGUGCACCGUGUGCCAGAAAACCUUCGCGCAAUCGGGUACUUUGCGCUCGCAUCUUCUAACCCACACAGGUGAAAAAUCCUUUGAAUGCUCCGUGUGUGACAAGACAUUUUCGCGUGCAAGCGGUCUACGUAUCCACUUUCGAAUCCAUACUGGAGAGAAACCUCACGAGUGCACCGUGUGCCACCAAAGAUUUACCCAUUCGGGUGGUCUUAAAGUGCAUCUACGAACCCACAACGGUGAGAGGCCAUUCGAGUGCUCUCUGUGCGACAAAACGUUCGUGCAGAUAGGUCAUCUACAGCUACAUCUUCGAUCCCAUACCGGGGAGAAGCCAUAUGAGUGUACCGAGUGUCACAAGGCAUUUGAUUCAUCUAGCACACUGAAAAGCCAUCUUCGAACGCACACAGGGGAAAAGUGUGCCGUGUUUGAGUGUACCGUUUGCCAAAGUAAAUUGCCAACGUCCUACGCCCUGCGUUUGCAUCUGCGGAAACAUACUGGGGAGAAACCGCACGAGUGUACCGUUUGUCACAAGCGAUUUGCUCAUUCGGCACAUCUGCGAGUGCAUCUGCGGUCCCACACUGGUGAGAAACCAUAUGAGUGUCCCAUGUGUGACACGAAAUGGUCUUCGUCCUGCGGUCUGAGAGAGCAUAUUCAAACACACAGUGGGGAGCGACCGUUCAAAUGCACCGUGUGUGACAAGAAAUUCUCUCGCUCCGGUGGGUUGCGUGUUCAUGUUCAAAGCCACACUGGAGAGAAGCCGUACCAAUGCACCGAGUGCGACAAAGAGUUUGCACAACCAUGGCCAUUACAGGUGCACCUGCGGACCCACACAGGGGAGAAAACCUACAAGUGCACCCUGUGUGACAAGAAAUGGGCAACAUCCGGCAGACUGAAAAUCCAUCUACAAACCCACACCGGAGAGAGGCCGUUUGAGUGCACAGUCUGCCAUAAGCAAUUUGCACGUGCAGAAAGUCUGCGUAUACAUUUAAUGUCCCACACUGGAGAGAGGCCGUACCAGUGCACCGUGUGCAACGAUGAGUUUGCGCAAUCAAGUGGAUUGCACUUGCACCUUCGAACUCACACGGGGGAGAAACCGUAUGAAUGCACCGAGUGUGACAGGAAGUGUUCCUCAUCCAGCGGCCUGAGAGAGCACCUUCGGAUCCACACAGGGGAGAAGCCGUAUAAAUGCAGCGUGUGCGACAAGAAAUUCUCUUCCUCGAAAGGGUGUCGUUCGCAUCUUCGAGCUCACUUAAACGAAGGAACCGUAUAAGUGCACCAUAGAGAGGCUGAUCCUGCGUCUGAAAAUCAAGUAAUGACUCUUUAUUGUAAAUGAUCUUGUGCUUCAAAACGCAAACGUGUUUGCCGCUUUCUCUGCCGCGUGGUCUCCAGUAAGUGCUUCUUGUUUUUUUGACGCAACUAAUAUGUAAAGUUCCAUUUUUGAAUUUACAUUAAAUUACGGAUGUGAUGGAUUUUUUUUUAAAACUCAUUAUUUUGAUUGACUUGUGUUGACUGAAUCUGCCUGAGCUUGAGUUUGUUAUGCAAAUAUAAUGUUUCCUUUUCAAUCCAAUGCGGUUUGUACUCAUUCGUUUAAAUUGUUUAAUUUUACUAUUCCUGAGGCCUGUCCUCUAUUUUUCAGCGUUUAGACGUUUGAAUUUUCCCGCCCCUCGGUUGUUUUGCGGUCGCCGACUGCCCACUCGAGCACGCCAGCGCUCUCCGUCGCUCGCGGAU